AUGUCCGACUCACGAUUCUCGGCACUCUCGAAAGAUCCGCGAUACCGACUUCCUAGUCGCAAAGAGGCGCGCACCGCGGUCGACCCUCGAUUCAAGACUCUUUUCACCGACCAGGAAUUUCGAAAGAAAGCCAGCGUCGACAGGUAUGGCCGGAAGAUCAAGCCUGAAGCUGGGAAGAAGGAAUUGGAGAGAUUGUACCAGCUAGACAAGAAGGACAAGACGAAGGGCAAAGCAAAAGAUGGGAAGAAGACGGAGCGGGAAGUUGUAGGAAGUUCAGAGUCAGAAGAAGAGGAUGAAGACGAAGAUGAGGAUGAAGAACUCGCAACAACACGGGACCCUGCGCGAGAGGGCUUCUCUGAGUCUGAGUCCUCUGAAGAAGAGACUUCAGAGGAGGAAGACAGCGAGAGCGACGAUGAAGCCCUGCUCGCAGAAGAUACCGCUGGCCAAGAACAGACUGAGUCGAUACCAAUGGGAGAAGUCUCACGACGGAUAGCCUGCGUGAAUCUGGACUGGGACAACAUUCGUGCGGCGGAUAUCAUGGCUGUGGCGCAGAGUUUUGCACCCAAUGGCGGGAGGGUUGAAAACGUGACGAUUUAUCCAAGCGAGUUUGGACGAGAAAGGCUAGAGCGGGAAGAGAUCGAGGGGCCACCACGUGAGAUCUUUGCGAGUUCCUCGGGCAAGAAGAGAGACGAAGAAGAGGACGAUGAUGCCAGUAGCGAUGACGAUGAGAAGAUCAAGGAGCGAUUGCUGAAAGAUCAGGCGAACGAGGGCGAGGAGUUCAACAGUGCAGCAUUGAGGCAAUACCAGCUUGAGAGACUGCGAUACUAUUAUGCUGUCAUGAAGUGCGACAGCAAGUCUACGGCAAAAGCCAUCUACGACUCCAUGGAUGGCCGCGAGUACCUGACCACUUCCAACUUCUUCGACUUGCGAUUUGUUCCCGACGACACAUCCUUUGACGACGACAAGCCGCACGACGAGUGCAAUUCUCUUCCCAAUGGAUACAAGCCAAAUGACUUCCGCACCGAGGCGUUGACACAUUCAAAAGUGCGACUGACAUGGGACGAUGACGAUCCGUCUCGCAAGGAAGUGCAGAAGCGUGCUUUCUCUCGCGCGGAGAUGGACGAGAAUGAUCUUCAAGCAUACAUCGGUUCGGAUGACAGCGACGCAGACAGUGUUUCCUCGCGGAAGUCUACUGCCGAGGAUCGGAAAGCAAAGAAGAAGGAAGCACAACGACAGAAAAUGCGUGAAGCGUUGGGGCUUUUUGCAGAGCCAACCAAGGCCAAGAAGGGCCAAGACGAGGCGGUCGGUGAUAUGCAGAUCACGUUCACGUCUGGCCUCAGUGGUGGGAAGGAUGGCAAAGCCGUCUUCGAGAACGAGCCACAGGACGAAGAGAGCACACGCGCCAGGUACAUUCGCAAGGAGAAAGAGCGCAAGCAGAAGCGGAAGGAAAAGCUCAAGACUCGUGACGGGCCGGCCGAAGAGGAGUCGGCCGACGAGCAACAGCAAGCGGGCGCCGAUGAUGGCGCUGAUGAUGACCCAUUCAACGAUCCGUUCUUCAACGACCCUGAACUUGCCAGCAAGCAGGAGAAGGCCGCAAAGAAGGCCGCUCGCAAAGCCAAGCAAGAUGCGAGGGAAGCUCAAGACGCGGAGGCUGAGGCUCGUCGUGCCGAGCUUGAGCUACUCAUGGCUGAGGAAGAUGGCGAAGGCGUUCGACAUUUUGACAUGCGGGAACUUGAGAAGGCUCAGAAGGCAGCCAAACGCAAUAAGAAGGGCAAGAAAGGCAAGAAGGCGGGGGCUGAGGCUGAGGAGAAGGAUGACUUCCAAGUCGAAACACAAGAUCCCCGUUUCAAGGAUCUGUUUGAAAGCCAUGAGUUUGCGAUCGAUCCUACAAGCAAGCUGUACAAAGGAUCGGAAGCGAUGAAGAAGGUUGUAGAAGAGGGCAGGAAGAGGAAGGCUGGCAAGCUUGAGGAGGAGGGCGAUGGAGUGCCUGUUGAGGCAGGUGCGAGGAGAGAGAAGAAGAGCAAGAAGGAGGGCAAGACCGAAGAUGGAGAAGACGUGAAGAAUCUCGUGGCAAGGCUGAAGAGCAAGGAUAAGAAAAAGAAGGCUGUGCGGUGA